AUCAUUUUUCUUUUAAAGCUUUAGCCAGCAAUUACCUAGCUCCCCUCUCCCUUGAAGCUUCUUUCCCUACACAUAUGAUCACCAGAAAAGAGUACUAUUUGCCCCCAAACAUCAGAAUUCAAACCAGCACCCAGCUGCCAUCUUGCCUAGGCACCCACAAAGCGUGUCCGGUGUGGAGCUUCUCUCCCUUCCAUAGUCCCCACAUCCAUGGCGACCUCUGUGAGGCAAUCAGAAAGGCCCAGCAGUGAGACAGCUCCAAGAACUCAAGGAAAUCCAGGACGAGUCUAACACAAAGUCCAUGCCUUCCCCAGCCCCAGAAGAGGUAAUUUGGGUGGCAGCUACCAAAAAGGCUACCAAAUUUGAGGGUAAAGCAUUUCCUUCUGUCCCUGCACCCCCACGGCCUGCAAGGGGAUAAACUCUAACAAAGGCCUGUGAACGUGGAAUCCUGAGAAGGUGAAGGAACUUUGAGGAAAUGCCCCACAUUCUAGAUCUACCUGUUUCCAGCUGCUGCUUCCCUGGAUGGUUUUCUGCCCUUACCACUUAGCGGGAAGAAAAGGAAAGAAGAAAGGAUCUCUGGAAAUCAGGACUCAGCUCUUGGCCUGCUGUCCUCUCUCUCCUCUGCAGAUCCCCUCUGAUUUCAGGUGCAGGCUCAGGACAUGAGCUGAGCACAGGCUGGCCUGGCUGAGUCACAGUGGCCUGCACUGAACAAGGGUCUGGCACCUGCUGGUGGUGGCCAGCUUCAGGGAGGAGGGGAUAGGACUCUCCAGACUGCACUUACCCUUCCAGUUCAAGUUAGAGGAGGAAAGUGACAAUAAUCAGUAUAAGACCCUGGACAUGAGAAAGGGAAGUUACAGAGACACCUAAGGAAAUGAGUGCCAGAAGAAAACACUGGAAGGAGAAUAUGUUUGCUCCUUUUUUUAAUGCAAAGGAUGUUCUAGAAGAGGCUUUCCAGACAGAAUCCUCUUCUGAACAAAUAGCUGUAGAUAAAAACAGGAAAAUGGGAGGAAUUUAUCAUUUCUCCAGUAGAAAGUUUCAAGAAGAAAAUAAAUUUAGGAGGAAAGAAUAUAUUUCCCAGCUAAACGAACCAAAUGUAAAAGGGAAGGGGAUAAACAUGUCAAAGAACGAAGCUGACACAAAUUCUUCCUCCUGUGACUCAUUUAAUUUGCAUGUUGUGAGUGAAAAAAUCUUUAACAAAACAGAAGACCUCUCUACUGGGCACAGAAAGGAGUUACCAACUCUCCCACAGCAAGGCACGAGGAAGAAAUUGACCAAAGGAAUGUCCCCAAAACUUCACCUGAACCUUUUGAAUGAAGAGCUGGAAGAACUCAAUAUGAAAUGCAGAAAAAUAGAAGAAGAAUUUGAAAAUGCUGAAAAAGAACUUUUGAACUCCAAAAAAGAAGUCUCCACAAAAUCGCUACAUUUUCAAGAAUCAGGGACAGGUACUUUGAGGAAAGACUGGGAACUUCAAGCUUUAAAAAAUGACCAAUCUGAAAAAGCAACAAAUGUUAAAAACUUAACUGAAGAGCUCCAGCAAGCCAAAGAAGUCAUCCACAAGUUGAACCUAGAGAACAGAGCUUUAAAAGAAGCCACGAGGAAGCUAAAGCAUCAGACUGCACUAGGAAAUGCACUCCUGAGAGUAGAUGUGAAAUUUUAGUAUGAUUUAGAAAUGGAAAAGAUUCGCAGCGAGCUUGAUGCCAUCAAGAAUGAGCUGAGAUCUGAGAAAGACCUGCAGGUGAGAAAUACCAGAGCCCUAGAGUUGCUUCGAAAACACCUCUCUGCAGUGUGAGGGCUGUCAGCUUCCUCUGACUGCUUUGCUGGGGAAUUUUUUUAAACUUAAAAAAGCCUUUCAUCAGGCAGAUCAUUGAGUCAAAUCAAUGUUUAUUGUACUAUCUUUGUGUACUACUCAAUAUGUAUGUAACAAUACAAUUUUCACUUUUGGCAAAGCAGAGUAUAAAACAUAUAGAUCUUACCU